ACCUGAGCCAAUCCUCAGUGUCAAUAAAGAUGGACUUGAAGAAGUUAGCAGGAACUGCCGGUCAGUAUUUGACCAGAGCUGUUCAAUACACAGAGGAAAAGCUUGGAAAUGCUGAAAAGACUGAGUUUGACAGCCACUACGAAACCCUUGUAGCACAGAGUGACAAUGCCAAACUUUGGACAGAGAAACUUGUGGCUGGAGUCCAGGCAGUUGUUAUCCCCAAUCCAGGCAACCGUGUGGAGGACAUGCUUUUUGAGAAGCUGGAAAAGCGGCGCCCCAACAGACUGAGCAACUUGGAGCACCUUGGCUUGGACAUGGUGCAAGCCGGCACUGAGUUCGGGACUGGUACUGCCUACGGCUCAGCGCUGCUGAAGGUGGGUGGGGCGGAGCAGCGGCUGGGUCUGGCUGAGCGGGACUUUGUAGGAUGCUCCAUCUCCGACUUCAUGGAGCCGCUCCAGAAGUUCCUUGACUCCGAUAUGAAGACCAUUGCCAGGGAGCGCAGGAUUCUGGA